AUGCAUCAGCACACAAGAAAAUCCUCUCCAGCAGUAGCUAUCAGACACAGUUCAACUACGGAAGUACGGCGGCCGCUUCCUGCUCGGCACCGACCUCGUCGGCACUGUUUUCAGAACUGGAGCACUUGUUGGGAGACUCUGAGUCGCAGCAGGAUAAAUGUUGACAUUCAGGUGUUGUUUGUUGGUAACCGUCUGGUGUUAGGCUCGACGGUCAGCUUGAACGGGAUUCCUUGGGCAAACGGUACGACGAUGGACCCGACGAAUCCGAGUGCAGCAGCAACAGCAUCCGGAGGGGCUAUACUACCAACAUGUUCGACCAUAUCGUCCGCCAGUUCACAGAUGCACCACCCAAAUCCUGCGUUCGGUGCGAUCGGUGGGGUCGCAUCCGGUCACGGGGCCACCGGAAGUGGAUCCGGCGGCGGCGGAGACCACGCGUCGAGCCUGCUCAGUCCGACCCUGCUGUCACCGGGGACGAACACCGGCACGGCUUCGAUUGCGACCUCGCGUGACGAGGAGGACGACUCCAGCAAUCAGGCGUCGUCUGGCAGCAAGGGUUCCGGCCAGCGUUUCAGUCGUGGUUCGUCCCGCACACCACCGAAGGUGCGCACCUCGCUGGUGUCACGUACGAACAGUGCGGACGGAUGCCAUCCGGGUGGUUACCAGUCCACCCAGCAAUGCACCACCAGCAGUCGAGCUGGGCUCGUCCGGCGCACGACCGUGCCGGGCCACUAUCAAUCAAUUGACCGUAGCCACAGCUUCAACGACCAUGAUCACGAUGCGAUGUCCCGAUGGUAUCAGUACCAUCAGCAGCGACACCCGCUGUCCCGCACCGGCAGCCGCACCGGCAGCCGCACCGGCAGUGCCCCGCGUGCCGGCCAUCGCCGACGGUACUCGCUGCGGGACGACGACAGCAUGCCGACCGGCCUGAAUCGCAUGGUCUCGUUCGAAAGCGUUGGUGGGCAGAGUUCCUGCAGCGGGUUGCUCACGCGCCACCGUGUCAGCCAUCCGUCCGUGGCGUCUUCAUCGUUCGAUCAGUUCGAGCCGGUGAUUGGUGCGCUCGGGAGUCGCCAACCAUCGUACCAAUCGCACCAGCAGGAUGAGCAGCCGUCCUCGCAGCACCAGCAGCAACAACAGCAGCUCAGCAAAUCCAUCUCCAAUGGCACGACACGGGGCGCACAGAGCUGGAAGAAUCUACGCGCCGUCAUGGCGUACUACUGUUCGCUGCGGAAAAUUAAGAGGAACGGUUCGAACCAACGAUGGAUGAAGUUGCGCACGACGGUACAAAUUUCCUCUGCCAUGCAGAAGAAACCACCUCUCAAGCGGGAGGACUCCUUCCUGAAACGGUUCUCCACCCGCCAGAUACCGGAGGCACAGGAAACGGUGGAAGAUACCGGGUCCGAGGGUGCGACUGAUGCGGAGAAAACGGUUCGACGAAGGCGUCGGUUCGCGAAGAUACCGCGCACGGUCGUGAAUCCGGACGAGAACUUCUACUUCUACUGGCUCAUGCUGGUCACGAUCAGCAUACUGUACAACCUCUGGACGCUGAUCGUGCGCCAGAGCUUCCCGGAGCUGCAGAGCAAUGCGAGCCGCUUCUGGCUGUCCUGUGAUUGCCUCACCGAUAUAGUAUUCAUCUUCGACGUGGCGGUACAGCUGCGCACCGGCUACCUGGAGCAAGGUCUGAUGGUGUACGACUCGCGGAAGCUGGCCGGACACUAUUUACGAUCGCGCGCUUUUCUCCUAGAUUUGGCGGCGCUAGUGCCGCUGGACAUUUUACAGUUCCGGUUGGGCAGCCAGCCGAUGUUACGAUUUCCGAGGUUUUUCAAAGUCUAUCGAGCGGUCAAGUAUUACUACAUCGUAGAGAGUCGCACCGUGUGGCCUAACCUGUGGCGCGUAGUCAACCUGAUCCACAUACUGCUUAUACUCGCCCACUGGUUCGGGUGCUUCUACUUCCUGCUGUCCGAGGCAGAGGGCUUCCAGGGCGACUGGGUCUAUCCGUACCGGCCGGGAGACUACGCGACGCUCACCCGCAAGUAUCUCGGCAGCCUGUACUGGUCGACGCUGACCCUCACGACGAUCGGUGAUCUGCCCACGCCGGAAACGAAUGCCGAACCGUCACAAUCGGCGGACGGCCCUAGAUCACUUCCCAGGCGCGGCCUCAAAUCCAGACUGCUGCAGUUCAACUCGUCUCGAGGAUACGUAUUCACGAUAGUUAGCUACCUGAUCGGUGUCUUCAUCUUUGCCACCAUCGUAGGGCAGGUGGGCAACGUCAUCACGAACCGAAAUGCCAACCGGUUGGAGUUUGAACGGCUUCUGGACGGUGCGAAGACGUACAUGCGACACCACAAGGUGCCUGGCGGUAUGAAGCGGCGCGUACUCCGAUGGUACGAUUACAGCUGGUCACGCGGCCGGAUACAGGGCGGCGGUGACAUCAACACCGCGCUCGGUCUGCUACCGGACAAGCUGAAAACCGAACUGGCCUUACAUGUCAAUUUAAGCGUGCUGAAAAAGGUGACAAUAUUUCAAGAGUGCCAGCCAGAGUUUCUGCACGAUUUGGUGCUGAAAAUGAAGGCCUACAUCUUCACGCCGGGUGACUCGAUCUGCCGGAAGGGUGAGGUCGCCCGGGAGAUGUUCAUCAUUGCCGACGGCAUCCUGGAGGUGCUGAGCGAAACCGGCAAGGUGCUGACCACGAUGAAGGCGGGCGACUUUUUCGGUGAGAUCGGCAUCCUUAACUUGGACGGAUUGAACAAACGGACAGCCGAUGUGCGUUCGGUCGGCUACUCGGAACUGUUCUCGCUGUCCCGCGAAGACGUCCUGACCGCGAUGAAGGACUACCCGGAAGCACAAGAGAUCCUGCAGACGCUGGGUCGGAAAAGACUGAUGGAGGUGCGCUGCGUCAAUAAGAAGCACGCCAACAAGCACGCCGCUAAGGAACAUGCCGGUGAUCGUAGCUCAAAUACCCACAAUAACCAAGGUGAUAGUAGUGAUAAUAGUGCCUCAAAACGUAUCGUAGAUAAGCUUAGGAGUGAUGUUAAGGGACUGAAGAAUGUGCUGCGCAAGUCCAGGACGGGAACAACCAGACGUAGCAAUGAAUCGAUCGAGAUGCAGCCACUGCACGGGAACGCAACCUCGGGUGGCGGUUCGGGCGGUGCUGGCAGCGGGGGCAGCGGUGGAAGCGGUGGCAACAAAACGCCCAAAACGAUGCUGAAGCGCAUGCCGCGCGUCAAAUCGGACGACAUCCAGACGGAGGACGAGGGCAAGGACACUGACAAGGUGCCGAGCCCGAUCGGGGCCGGGCUUCCACUGCUGCAACGGCUCCGGCUGCUCAAGGAAAAACAAGAUCGCGAAGAACGGGCCGCGAAGGCUACUGCACAAAUAAUUUCACCGCCGCAUACUCACGUAACCUCUGCCAUAUCACCACAGGAAUCGAUACAGGAAGAACCGGAACCGGAAGUGAUCGGCGCUGGGUUGCCGCUGAUGCAAAGACUGAAAUUGCUCAAAGCGAAAGAGGAUCGGCUAGCGAAGGAAAGCCAAUCGAAGCUGCAAGUGACAUCGAACCAAACGUCUAGCUCGCCAUCGAUAGUGCAGAGCAUGAGUCCGACGUCUCCCACGGUAAAGGCACCGCCGAGCCCGAUCUUGAACACGACGGGUGUGGCAGGCCACCAUGCCAAACCGACGAUGCGCGUGUCCUUCAAGGACCGAAUUCGCAGUCUGCACCAUCAGGAUUCGAAGCAUCACGGUGACUCGAAACCAGCCUCGGUACCCGGUACGAUACACGAGAUCACCGACAUGAAGCAGCAACUGAUCCAGAAUGUGGUGGCACACGGUAAAGCGGGGGCGCAGCAGCAGCAGCAUCAACAACAACAACACCAUCCGGCCAAGCCGUCCACCGCGCAAUCCCUUAAGGAUAAGAUACGCUCGCUGGGCCAUCUCAAAGGGGACGAUCAGCUGAAGCCCUGGUCCAAGCUGAAGCUGGCGACGGUGGUGAGUCUCGGUGGCAGUUACACGAGCCUCAACAAUGCUGCAUCCGAGGAGUCACCGAUACUGAAACAGUCUAAGCGCAACCGCCUCAAAACUUCCAUUCCGGCUGAUCUCAACCUCAAUUCGCUCGUCUCGAUGACGCCUCCGCCGAUUUCGUCUGCUCCCCCCACAACCUGUGCUCCUCCGACGUCGUUCUUGCCGAACAAGAUCCUGUCCUGUGCAGCGGGAGAAGCAGCCUCCGUCAGCGAUAGCGAAGUGGCAAGCGGAAGUCGAACGCACCGAACCUCUACUGCAUCGAGUUCCGCGAGGACUGUUCCGGCCAGGGUGCGCAUGAAACCGAAGCCAAUAAAGCUGGUAUCAAGCGAACCGAAGAGCUACCUCUCGAUCGACGACCUGUCGCCCGAGUACUGCGGUUUACCCUUCGUAAAAAAGCUAAAGAUCCUGAACGAGCGCCAGAAGCUGGCCGAGCUGGAGUCGGCCAUCAAAACGCGCAGCCUUAGUCUCGACUGUACGGAUUCGAAUACCAGCACCGCCAGUACGCACGACCUGCUGGACCAGCUGACGCGCAGCCAGAGCGAGGGUUCCGGUAUGGCGCACACGGUCCGCUCGAAAAGCGAAUCGCCCAAGCGAUCCGACUCGAACGGCCUGCUGCCACUGAGCCCCGAGUCGAACGAAACGCUCGAGCGGCGCCAGCUGAAGAGCAUACUGAAGAAGCUGUCCGAGGACAAGGCAGCGCUGGAACAACGGCCGACCCGCGACCUCAAGAAGCUGAUGCGAGCACAGACGGUCGAAGGGUACGUUGCCAGACACAGCAAAUUCGCCAAAAGCGUCACCUUCCAUAGGAACACACUCUCUAGCCCUCCCAGCAGUGCUGCCCAGUGUGACUCUAUUGAAGAACGUAGUCUUUUUCCCCUUCUUAGCGCACAAACGGCCACCGGCACUGCACCGGGUGUGCCGCAUUCCAUAUCCACGGCACCGCUGACCUCGUCGCAUGCUGACGACCGUCUGCCGGUGGCCACCACCUCCAUCGAACAGGAGCACGAACGCUACUAUCAGGUGCUCCACGAGGAGCACCACCAUCACGCAGAGCACCACCGGGAGGAACAUCGUCAGUACCAUCGGAUAUCUCCCACAGGGCUGCCGGGACCUGAAGGGCCGGGCCGAACGGUGGGCGAUGAAGAUACGCGCAACGCACUGGCGGUCAUCAGCAAUGGUGAUGCGCACCGGGGCUUUCCUUACGAUCCGCACGUCGAUCCGGACAUCGAUCUCGAUCCGGAUGGUGCGGAUCCGACACACAGGUCGUCUCUCUCCGCCCUGGCCAGCCAGCGCAAACUUAUCAAAGGUUCGCUGGAGGAGCAGGAGUUUUUCGGCGAGGUGCUGCUGGGCAUCAAGCAGGUCAUCCAGACGCAUAUGAAGGAGAUACAGGUGAAGUUUCAGGACGAGUUCUUCAACCUGGAGCUGGAGGUGAAGAAGCGGGACGACAUCAUAUCAAAACUGCAGAACCGCAUCCUGGAGCUGGAGGCGGAGCAGCAGGGAUUGGUGGGAUUGCAAGUGCAGCUACCACCGGAACACGGUGAUAUGCCUUAUCACAAGUCCGGAUCAUCUGGAUCUGGCAGUACCGGGUCCUCCAAUGAGCUACCGUUCAUGCGAGGUGACUCCCUGGACACCAUUUUCGCCUCCUCUCCACACUCCGACUCGGAUGCACCGCGACAACCGAAGACACGCAGUCGGAAACCUCGCACAUCGCCGCGCCAUCGUCAGCUGCGCAACCGACCCACCUGGGACGAAUCGACCGAUCAGGAAAGUUUCGAUCGCAAAGAUUCGCCACCGCUUGGUACGCGUCAGCAGGUCGGAACGGGUCCCUCGGGGCCACCACCUCCGGUACCACCGAGGCGGCUGUCUGCCACCGCAACAUCCACCACCACCGCCGUUACGAUGUCCGCUACCACGGACCGCAUCCGCAGUCCGUACCGGGAUCUGGUCAUUUCCGAACUCACGGGCAACAUUAUCUCGGACAGCGUGAUCGUGAACAUUGAGGCCACGUCCAGCUCGCAGUCGGAAUCACAGUCCGAAACCGAACAACCCUUCGGUGAGGAGAACGAGGAUGAGGAAGACGACGAGAAUGGGGAGGCGAGGCUGCUCAUGAGACGCGGUCGUCCACGGAGGCGCCAAACGGAAGACGACGAUGACAUCGACGACGAUGAGGACGAGGAUUGUGACGAUGAGGCGGAUCUGGGCGAGGAGCUCGAGGGCGAACUGGAGCAGGAAGCGGAAGAAGAGGAAGAGGCCGGCAACGAAGAGGAAGAGCAGGAGGAAGAAGAGCAAGAGGAGGAGGACGACGAGGAGGAGGAAGAGGAAGAGCUCAAUCACAACGACUGGGAGGUGCGGAUGCUGGCGGCGGAGUUGAAGAAGCGCGAAAGCAUCAGCACCGACUUCCCGAGCGAGCUGGAAGGGGGCGAUGGUUUGGUACGGCGCCGCAGCCACCGCAAGCGCAGCGACACCGACACGGACGGUAGCGACGGUACGGAGCGGGACGUGUUCGGCCGUCCCCGUGCCGGCAGCCUCGAUCAGCACAAUCUGCAGCGGCGGGCCGCAUUCGGACGUGCCGGACGAGCGCCCACCAUUGCGGGGCCACCGUCGACGAGUGGCCCAAGCGCGUCCCGGUCACGGGGUGGCCUCUUCAAGGCGUUGAGCUUCGACCGGGACAAAGAUCGUCUCUGAGAAUUAAGGCUUCACUGUGAGGUGUGCAUGUUUACGAGCAUCACCAAGGUCGUCGUGAUCGAGUGGCACGGUA